UUCGUUCGGAAGGGAAGACUGAAGUGAACGGAAUAUGAAUCGGCAUGAGCAAGUUGCUGGCUCCGAUGUGCUUCACCUGCAGUAUUUCGGGUUAUGAAAAGACAGAAGACACGUCAGAAAAGACUUCUUUAGCAGACCAGGAAGAUUCCAGACUCAUUUUUAUCAAUCAGCCCCAGUUUACCAAGUUCUGCAGUAAUCGUGUCAGCACUGCGAAGUACAAUGUCCUCACGUUCCUGCCUCGGUUCCUGUACUCUCAGUUCAGAAGAGCAGCAAACUCCUUUUUCCUGUUCAUUGCACUUUUGCAGCAAAUCCCUGAUGUGUCACCAACAGGAAGGUGGACAACACUGGUGCCGUUACUCUUCAUCUUGGUGGUGGCAGCAGUGAAGGAGGUUAUAGAAGACCUGAAACGCCACAAUGCUGAUAGUGUUGUUAACAAGAAAGAGACACAAGUAUUGAGGAAUGGCGCUUGGGAGAUUGUACAUUGGGAGAAGGUGUCGGUAGGGGAGGUAGUCCGAGCAGCCAAUGGAGAUCACCUCCCGGCCGACCUCAUCAUUCUGUCAUCCAGUGAACCUCAAGGAAUGUGCUACAUUGAGACCUCAAAUCUAGAUGGAGAAACUAAUCUCAAGAUCAGACAGGGUCUGCAGAUCACUGCGGACAUCAAGGACAUUGAUAGUCUAAUGCGUCUCUCUGGACGGAUGGAAUGUGAGAGUCCCAACAGACACCUGUAUGAGUUUGUGGGCAAUAUUCGCCUGGAUGGACACAGCACUGUACCACUCGGUCCUGAUCAGAUCUUGCUGAGAGGAGCACAACUCAGGAACACACAGUGGAUCCACGGUAUCGUGGUCUACACAGGACAUGACACCAAACUCAUGCAGAACUCCACGUUCCCCCCUCUGAAGCUUUCCAACGUGGAGCGCAUCACCAACUUUCAGAUCCUCAUGCUUUUUGGCUGUCUCUUAGCCAUUUCGUUGGUCUGCUCCAUAGGCCAGACCAUCUGGAAGUACCAGUACGGCAAUGACGCCUGGUACAUGGACCUCAACUCUCCAGAUGGUGGAGCGGCCAACUUCGGCCUGAACUUCCUCACCUUUAUUAUCCUCUUCAACAACCUGAUUCCCAUCAGUCUACUGGUGACUCUAGAGGUCAUCAAGUUCGUCCAGGCUUUCUUUAUCAACUGGGACACUGACAUGCUGUAUGAAGUCUCCAACACACCAGCUAUGGCCCGGACAUCAAACCUGAAUGAGGAGUUGGGACAGGUGAAGUACAUCUUUUCGGACAAGACAGGCACCCUGACCUGCAACGUCAUGCAGUUUAAGAAGUGCACAAUUGCAGGCGUGGCCUACGGUCAUACAGCUGAAGUUGAGGAUGGUAGUUUUGCGGAGGAGGACUGUCACAGCUCUCAGUCCACAGAGGAAACUGGAUUUAAUGACCCCAGCUUACUGGAAAACCUCCAAAGUAAUCAUCCCACUGCUUCGGUCAUCCAGGAAUUCAUGACCAUGAUGGCUAUCUGCCACACGGCCGUUCCUGAGUGCAUCGAUAACAAGAUCACCUUCCAGGCUGCAUCCCCAGAUGAAGGCGCUCUGGUUCGGGCGGCACAAAACCUGGGCUUUGUGUUCUCUGGGAGAACUCCAGACUGUGUUAUUGUGGAGUCGCAUGGAAAGGAGGAGAAAUAUGAAUUGCUGCACGUUUUGGAAUUCACAAGCACCAGGAAGAGGAUGUCAGUCAUCAUGCGCACUCCAUCAGGAAAGAUCCGCCUUUAUUGCAAAGGAGCUGACACAGUGAUCUAUGAGCGGUUAGCAGACAGCUCCAAAUACAAGGACAUCACCCUGAAACACCUGGAACAGUUUGCCACAGAGGGACUCCGCACAUUGUGUUUUGCUGUGGUGGACAUCUCAGAGUCAUCCUAUCAGCAGUGGCUGGAGGUUCAUCAUCGUGCUUCGACGUCUCUCCAAAACAGAGCUCUCAAGAUGGAAGAAAGCUAUGAACUGAUUGAAAAGAACUUGCAGUUGCUGGGGGCCACAGCGAUCGAAGACAAACUUCAAGACAAAGUACCUGAAACCAUCGAGACCCUCAUGAAAGCCGACAUUAAGAUCUGGAUCCUGACUGGAGACAAACAGGAGACCGCCAUCAACAUAGGACACUCCUGCAAACUGCUCACAAAGAACACGGGUCUGCUGGUGAUAAACGAGGACACCCUGGAUGGUACCAGGGAGACACUCAGCCAUCACUGCAGCAUGCUGGGAGAUGCUCUGCACAAGGAGAACGACUUCGCUCUCAUCAUAGAUGGAAAGACACUGAAGUAUGCCCUCACUUACGGGGCACGCCAGUAUUUCCUGGACUUGGCUCUUUCCUGCAAGGCUGUGAUAUGCUGCAGGGUUUCACCUCUGCAGAAGUCUGAGGUGGUUGAGAUGGUGAAAAAACAGGUGAAAGUGAUCACACUGGCCAUUGGCGAUGGAGCCAACGAUGUGGGCAUGAUCCAGACCGCCCAUGUGGGUGUCGGCAUCUCUGGCAAUGAAGGACUGCAGGCUGCCAACUCAUCAGACUACUCUAUUGCACAGUUCAAGUACUUGAAGAAUCUUCUGUUGGUUCACGGCGCUUGGAAUUACAACCGUGUUGCCAAGUGCAUCCUGUAUUGCUUCUACAAGAACAUUGUGCUUUAUAUUAUUGAGAUCUGGUUUGCAUUUGUGAACGGCUUCUCCGGUCAGAUUCUGUUCGAGCGCUGGUGCAUCGGCCUGUACAACGUGAUCUUCACUGCUUUGCCUCCUCUGACUCUGGGCAUCUUCGAACGCUCCUGCAGGAAAGAGAACAUGCUCAAAUACCCUGAACUCUACAAAACCUCCCAGAAUGCAAUGGGCUUCAACACCAAGGUCUUCUGGGCUCAUUGUCUGAACGGCCUGUUUCACUCAGUCAUCCUCUUCUGGUUUCCCCUCAAGGCCUUCCAGCACGAUACCGUCUUUGGAAACGGAAAGACACCAGACUAUCUCCUCUUAGGCAACAUGGUUUAUACAUUUGUGGUGAUCACAGUGUGUCUGAAGGCUGGGCUGGAGACCUCGUCCUGGACCAUGUUCAGCCACAUUGCCAUCUGGGGCAGCAUUUGAUUGUGGGUAGUCUUCUUUGGCAUCUACUCCUCACUAUGGCCUCUGAUUCCUCUGGCCCCGGAUAUGUCAGGAGAGGUAAGACAUACAGUACAAACAAGUUUUGGGUAACAACAAAGUUUGGC